AGGUGUUUUGGUUCAGUUAAAUUCAUUUUUAAUCAUGGCUAAUGAAAUUGAAGGUAACAGAGAAAUAGAGGAGGCAACCACCGAAGAGCUACAGGAAAUGGAGGAUCGGGUCGUGAGUCCUGAGAAAGCAGAGGAGGCCAAGCUUAAAGCACGCUACCCCCACCUUGGAAAUAAGCCUGGAGGUUCAGAUUUGUUAAGGAAACGACUGCAGAAGGGUCAAAAGUACUUUGACUCGGGAGACUAUAAUAUGGCCAAAGCCAAGAUGAAGAACAAGCAACUUCCGACAGCUGCUGCAGAAAAAACAGAUAUCACUGGAGACCAUAUUCCCACUCCCCAGGACCUGCCCCAAAGGAAACCCUCUUUAGUGGCCAGCAAGCUGGCUGGUUGAUGAAAGUGACAAAUUCUCAAGACAUAUUCUACCCUCUUACCAUUCCUGCUUUUUUUCCCUUCCCACUUCUCUACUUCUGCCCCACUUUCUGCUCGCCUUUCCCCCUUUCCCCCCCCAGUUCACCCUUAACUUACCUUGCUUGUAUAAGUGCUCUGAAGAAAGUAAAAAACAAACUGUUUGGAUGAACAUGAGGAGACCUGCUAACCUGUGCUGUAUGGAAGAUGCCUUUUGUUGAUGCAUGGGAUGAGACAGAUUGACUGUGGAAAAGAAUAUCUUUGCAAUGUGUGUUCAAAGGUUAAGAAGUACUGUAGUAAAUGGUGGCGUUAUGAAGUUGUUGGAGUUAUGUCUGCUCCCCGUUUGAGUGGAGAUGCUUCACUUUUUAGUGUUUUACCAAUUCUUUUACUCUCUCUUUCUCAACCACCCAAAGCUUCUUUUGGAUUGCGACGUUCUAUGCUCGAAUGGUUUGACCUAGUCCUUAUUGAUAACCAUGUUCUCCUCUUAUUCCUCUUUGUCAAAAACUGUGUCCACUGUUAGUAUGCAUUUAAAGUGCAGGCCUUGAACCUCAGGCCAGUUCCAGCUGGUCGUCACACUUGUGAUGCUUGCCCUAUUCCAAAACACCUCCACUCCCUUUGUUUCCUGUCCUUCACCAGCACUGCUCUCACUAAGAGCAUGAUCUUCUUAAGUAAAAUGGGAUGGGGGGGGGGUCCAUCUGGUUUGCUCAGGCCUAUGCAGUCUUGAGGAUCUACUCUGAGACGGCAUGGGUUGCAAGGAGAGGAAACUUAUUUCGAAAAUACUGGAAUUGAUCCCUGGUUUCUCAAGUGAAAAGGCUGUUGUCGCCUGUGAAUUUGAGAAGAUGGCCUUAACACUGUUAGCCAUAAUUUGCCUUGGGGAAACUCAUGGUGAUACUGGUCAAGAGUGUGUGUACUCACUCCAGUAUCAUUUAGGUUUUGUAAAUGGGCAGCUCACUCAAAUAACCUAUUCUGAAGUGUGCA